AUGUUUUUAAAAUGUCCUAUUAUUCUCAUUUUUCUAACGGAAAUAAGUUCGUAUACAGUUGAAGUAAAAGUGAAACCAGGCAAGUUAAGAGGUAUAAGGGAAGAAACCGUGACAGAUGGAAGACAUUAUUAUGCUUUCUAUGGCGUCCCAUACGCUCAAAGUCCUGUAGGAAAAUUAAGAUUUAAAGAUCCCAAGCCCCCGAAAAAGUGGAAAACAACUUUUGAUGCAACAGUGGAGUACCACGGAGCUUGCGCGCAAUCACAUUUAGUCCACAAACACGCUUUGUUUGGGUACGAAGAUUGUCUCAGUUUGAAUGUCUAUUCAGCCCACAUUCCAAAAGAAAAAGACGAAAAAUUGCAACCAGUAGCAGUUUGGAUACAUGGAUACGGUUUUGCAGCAAGCUUGAGCCACAUAUUCGGAGGUGAUUCCUUUUUAGACAAAAAUAUUGUUUUUGUCACAGUUACACACAGAAUUGGUGUUUUCGGUUUUUUAAAAUCUAAUAUUUCAAGCCCUGGUGGCAACAUGGGCUUAAAAGAUAUCGUAAUGGCGUUAAAAUGGAUAAGGAAAAAUAUAAAACAUUUCGGAGGAGAUAAAAGAAGAAUAACUGUUAUGGGUAAUGACUCAGGGGCAUCUUUUUUGUCAUUAUUACUGAUGACAAAAUAUAGAAAUAUGUUUGCGAAAAUGAUUUUACAAAGCGGUACUAUUUUUGCUCCUUCUAUGUAUAAAAGAAAUGCCAAUCUUGAGAGGGAUAGGUUUCUACGUAAUCUUCAAAAUGUUGGAUAUAGAGACAUUUCCACAGCACCAACAAAAGAUAUAAUACUUGCAUCACAAAAAAUUUACACUAGCAAAGAGAUAAUUAAUUUUCAGAGGCCAGUGGUUCCGUUUUCACCAACAAUAGAUAUAUCCUUAAAUGAAUCUUUCCUGUCGUUAAGUCCGGAUGAAUUUUAUAACAAUGCCAAGAAUUUUAAUGUAAGUAAAAGUAUUUUGUUAGGAUUCAACAAUGCAGAAAGUAUAUCAGAAAUAAUACCAUUUUUACACAAUACUCGUUAUCUCAAUUAUUUCUCGCCAAUUUUUAAAUACAUGAUACCUUAUUCGGAUGGAUGUAUUUAUAACUAUACAACUAAAAUAUACACGAAAAUUGCAAACAAAAUCAAACAUUACUAUUUUAAAGAAGGAAUCUCUGAGAAAUCUUUUGUUAACUUUCUGCGAUAUACAACAGACUUGAGAAAAUAUCCGAUAUGGAAGUUCAUACAGAAACUAAUAUCUUUGAAAACUUCUAAAAUUUUCGUGUAUAAAUUUUCUUAUGUGGGUGGGCUUAAUACUGUUAAAGCCACCUCACUGGCAGGAACUAAUAUAAAAGUAAAAGGUGCAUCGAAUGGUGAUGAAAUAUGUUACAUAUUAAGGUGUGAACCGUUGACGGAUAAAUAUAUUAAAACAAAUAAUGACACAACAAUCCAAGAUAGGAAAUUUAUGACCAAAAUCACAGAAAUGUGGGCCAAUUUCAUAAGGAGAGGUGAUCCUACGCUUUUUUCUCAAUCUGGAAACAUCGUAUGGCCAGCCAUGACAUUAAAAGAAAAAAAUAUUUUGAAACUUGGCAAGGAUACGAAGCUAAUCAAUUCGAAACUUGAAGACGAGACAUUCUCAUUUUGGGAAGACAUUUAUACAAUGUAUUAUGCAAAUUAUAGUAAUUGUGCUCAAAACAUUCAUGAAGAAUUGUAA